AUGACCGAAGCAGUCACAGACUUGCUGGCCCGACAGCCGGCGUCUUCUGACAUCGAGUUUCCCCGACUGAUCGUCCUUGGGGGCGAUCAUCUGAUUUCGCUGCCCGUGUUACGGGCCAUACGGUCCAUCUACGGCUCCCCGAUCCGAGUGCUGCAUUUUGACUCACACCUAGACACCUUAAGCCCUGCCGUAUACCCCAGCACGCAGGCCUCCCCGCAGUCCCAUUACAACCACGGGACGGUAUUCUGGCACGCUGCAGCAGAGGGGCUCCUCGAUGACUCGGGAUCCGUGCACGUAGGAACAAACACCCGGCUUUCAGGCGACAACUGGUCUGAUUACGACGUCGACGACGCCGCAGGCUUUGUUCGCAUCCCGGCGACUGCUAUCGACGACCAGGGCUCCGCGGGCAUCAUCCGAACGAUCAAAGACCUUCUUCCCGAUGGUACCCGGAUCUACUUGAGCAUUGAUAUCGAUGUCUUAGACCCGGCAUUUGCCCCUGGCACUGGUGCACCCGAGCCAGGCGGGUGGAGUACUCGCGAGCUACUUAGUGUCUUGCGGGGAGUACUUCCAGGCCUCGAUGUCAUCGCUGCAGACGUUGUUGAGGUCGCACCCGCCUAUGAUAACCCCGGCGGUGACACUGCCUUUGCAGCUGCUGGACUUGUCUAUGAGGUCAUCUCCGCAAUGGUGGCAGGAAUCGUUACCAACACGACAAGGCCCACGUCCGGACCCCUGGACGGGCUUUCGGACACUUCGAGGGUUGAGCUUUGA